AUGGUGUACAAUUCGUUAACCGAGAUUCCUCGUAACGUGAAGGAGUGCUUUGAUUGGCUGAUUGCCGUCAAGGGAUCCUCUAGGUUUAACACGCAAGCUUUAGGUUUCGCGCUUCACAAUUUCCUUGUAGACAUGCCUGUUGGUUUGACGCGUGUACCAUCGCUGGAAAUGGUUAAGCGGUUUGCGAAGGGGUUCCUGGAACAAAAAGAGCUUAAGCAAGAACCACACGUGACAUGCCUGCUGGCUAAAUACAGGAGCCCUAUGAACAAGACCGAUGGUAUGGACAUGAAACGUUUGUUCUGUUACAACGAAAGUGACUAUGACAACGUCGUAAAAUCCAAGAAUAUCAGCCGUGAUGAAAUGGCAUCAAUUGUAGCUCGUGUUGCAGGUAAUUGUGAGAGAUUUUUGAAACGUAUCAAAACCCCUGCCCAAUAUGAAUCUGCCUACAGUUCGGAAGCGACGUGGGAGGCGUCAUGCGCGCUGAAACCGACGGAAUGCGCAGCGAUUUUGGUGGGUAUUGCUCCGAUGUUGUACGCAGGGCUCAUCUCACUGUGGAUUUCGAGCAAUCCCGAACUUUUCGGAGAAGAAAAGAGUGUUAAGGAGAAGCGUUUGGGUAGAGUAAUGAAAAUUUUGGGUUUCGAAGAGCCUGGAUGCCGCGAGGACCUUACUCGCAUAAGUGUCCGCCAGGCGUUGGUCGAUAUGGAUAAAGAAAUCAUAGAAAGAAUCUACGAGAUAGCUGGCUUCUGGGCAUUCUACUAA